AUGGAUGAGCUUCAGGAUGUCCAGCUGACUGAGAUCAAGCCCCUGCUGGCCAAUAAGAAUGGGCGCAACUUCCAGGAUUUUGACUGCCAGCUCUCAUGCUCUGGGAAUGGAGUGGAGCACGACAUUGAGACGCCCCAUGGUGUCCUCCAUGUCACCAUGAGAGGAGUACCAAAAGGCAAUAGACCGGUCAUCCUCACCUACCAUGACAUCGGCCUCAAUCACAAGUCGUGCUUCAACACCUUGUUCAAUUAUGAGGACAUGCAGGAGAUCACACAGCACUUCGCUGUGGUCCAUGUGGACGCACCUGGACAGCAGGAGGGGGCCGCCCCAUUCCUCAGUGGGUUCCAGUACCCCACCAUGGACGAGUUGGCCGAGAUGCUGCCGUUUGUGUUGACUGAGCUAAAGUUCAACAGCGUGAUUGGUAUUGGCGUCGGAGCCGGGGCGUACAUCCUCUCUCGCUUUGCUCUGAACCACCCCAGUCUGGUGGAGGGGCUGGUGCUCAUCGACGUGGACCCCUGCGCCGAGGGAUGGAUCGACUGGGCCGCCUCAAAGCUCACCGGAUGGACCAGCAACAUGGUGGACAUCAUCAUGGCUCACCACUUCAGCGCUGAAGAGCUGACGGAUAACCAAGAACUGAUCCAAACCUACCGCCUACACAUCGCCCAAGACAUAAACCAGGACAACUUGGCCCUCUUCUGCGGAUCGUACCAAUACCGACGUGACCUGGGAAUUGAGAGGCCCAUCGUCGGACUGAACGAGCACACGGUCAACACUCUCACAUGCCCCGCGUUACUCGUGGUUGGGGACACAUCUCCUGCUGUAGAGGCUGUGGUGGAAUGCAACUCUAGAUUAAAUCCCACCAAGACAACACUUUUAAAGAUGGCUGAUUGUGGAGGUCUUCCCCAGGUUGUGCAGCCAGGGAAACUUGCAGAAGCAUUCAAGUACUUUGUCCAGGGCAUGGGCUACAUCCCCUAUGUUCUCCUCAGUCACCUGAGCAACGAAUCAGUGCCGUCAGCGGGAAUGACUCGCCUGUCUCGCUCUCGCACCACCUCUUCUUCCAGCAUCACUUCCAUGGAGAGCAGCCGCAGUCGCAACAAUCUCAACAGUUUGCUGGAGGGCUCCGGGGGCUUGGACAGCGGGCCCCAGACCAUGGAGGACAGAGAGAAGAGCAACCUGAGCUCACAGCACCAAGGACUCCCUCAAAGACCGGGCUCACAACACACCUUCAAAUACAGAUACUUUGGAAAAGGAAUCAAGAUGGGCACAUGUCACACCAGGAGCCGGUCCCGUGCCCCUGUUUCAGAAAACAUCUCUGUCCCUGAAUCCACAGCUGCAGAAUUUCAGGAGAGCAUUAUUGUAGCUCUCUACAACUAUCCAUUAAUCGACCAGUCACAGCUCAAGAUGCGCAUUGGGGACCGGCUGACUGUCACCUCAGAUGAUGGUGAUUUUCUGAUGGUGAAAUCGCCGACUAGUGAGUGUGAGAGCUACAUUCCCACCUGUUACACGGCAAAAGUGACACAAAGGUGGCUCUUCACAGGAAUCAGUCGGGUCAAAGCUGUGGAACUACUCAUGCUCCCUGAAAAUGUGAACGGAUCUUUCCUAAUUCGUGAAUCAGAAACAAAUAAAGACAGCCACACCCUGUCUGUCCUGAACAGAGGAGCCUUUUCCACCAGUGUGAAGCAUUACCGCAUUUAUCACCUCCCAAACAGCUGGCUCUUCAUUUCUCCAGGACUCACCUUUCCCUCUCUGCACCACCUCAUCCUCCACUACAGCGAGAAUGCUGAUGGACUUUGCUGCCGGUUGAUGAAACCCUGUUACAUUGGUGGUUUGGAUAAAGUCAGACCCACACCCACGGCCGUCCGCACGCCGACCAUCAACUGGAAAGACAUCAGCAGGUCUGUAAUCUUCAGGCAGAAAAGAACCGAGUCUGGCACGUCUCCGGUCAGUGAAGGUCUCCGCGAAGCCAUCUACUCGUAUCUGCAGAUGACGGAAAGCGAGCUGAGCUGGGACUCCUGA